AUAAUGUUUCCCCAGCACACACAGUCGUCACAUACACAUACACGGAUAUAGAGAUAGAGAGAGAGAGAGUGAAGUGUAGCGCCUUGCCUUCUUCGUCAGUAUCACCAUUUCGUAUAUAUAUAUAUAUAUAUACGAGAAUUUACAUAUAUACAUGUAUAUACAUUUACAAAUCUACAAUUAAGAUCGAUAUCACUCUUCUGUUGGCGGGAAUUCAUACAAGACUCUCUGCAACUUUUGAUUCCUCGAAGCUUGUUUUUCCCUAGAAUUAAUCGCCGUUUCUUCUCUCUUAGUUUAUGAAAAUGGAUGGAACAUCUGGCCAUGGUGGCAGUAGUGUGGAUAUGUCUUUGAGGAACUAUAAGCUUGGGAAAACUCUUGGCAUUGGUUCAUUUGGUAAGGUGAAAAUUGCAGAGCAUGCAUUAUCAGGGUACAAAGUUGCUAUCAAGAUCCUUAACCGUCGUAAGAUAAAGAGCAUGGAAAUGGAAGAAAAAGUUAGAAGAGAAAUCAAAAUAUUGAGAUUGUUUAUGCAUCCUCACAUCAUACGACUAUACGAAGUUAUAGAGACACCAGCAGAUAUUUAUGUUGUGAUGGAGUAUGUGAAGUCUGGUGAGCUGUUUGAUUAUAUUGUGGAGAAGGGUAGGUUACAGGAGGAUGAAGCUCGCAAUUUUUUUCAGCAGAUAAUAUCUGGUGUGGAGUACUGCCACAGGAAUAUGGUGGUUCAUAGAGACCUUAAGCCAGAGAACCUGCUUUUGGAUUCUAAAUGUAACGUGAAGAUUGCAGACUUUGGUUUGAGCAAUAUCAUGCGGGAUGGUCACUUUCUGAAGACAAGUUGUGGAAGCCCGAACUAUGCUGCGCCAGAGGUCAUAUCUGGGAAGUUGUAUGCUGGGCCUGAGGUAGAUGUAUGGAGCUGUGGAGUUAUUUUGUAUGCGCUUCUUUGUGGCACCCUUCCUUUUGACGAUGAAAAUAUUCCUAACCUUUUCAAAAAAAUAAAGGGUGGGAUAUACACUCUUCCCAGCCAUCUAUCACCUGGUGCAAGAGAUCUGAUCCCUAGGAUGCUUGUGGUUGACCCUAUGAAGCGAAUGACUAUUCCUGAGAUUCGUACACACCCAUGGUUCCAAGCUCAUCUUCCGCGCUACUUAGCUGUACCUCCACCAGAUACAUUGCAACAAGCGAAAAAGAUUGACGAGGAGAUUCUUCAAGAAGUUGUAAAGAUGGGAUUUGACAGGAACAGCCUUGUUGAUUCUCUUCGCAACCGACUACAGAAUGAGGCUACUGUUGCGUACUAUUUGCUAUUAGACAACCGGUUCCGGGCUUCCAGCGGCUAUCUUGGGGCGGAGUUUCAGGAGUCUAUGGAAUAUGGUUUCAACCGUGUGAAUCCAAAUGACACAACAGCUCCAGCUGCUGGGCAACGCUUUCCAGGAUAUAUGGAUUAUCAAGGAAUAGGCUCAAAACCCCAGUUUCCAGUUGAGAGGAAAUGGGCUCUUGGACUUCAGUCUCGGGCUCAUCCUCGUGAGAUAAUGACAGAAGUUCUCAAAGCUCUGCAAGAAUUGAAUGUGUGUUGGAAAAAGAUCGGGCACUACAACAUGAAAUGCCGCUGGAUUCCUGGUAUUCAUGAAGGCAUGGUUAGCAAUCCUAUGCACAGUAAUCAUUAUUUCGGGGAUGAUUCCACCAUCAUUGAAAAUGAUGGUGUUGCGAGGUCACCAAAUGUGGUCAAGUUUGAACUGCAGCUUUACAAAACACGCGAGGAUAAGUACCUGCUUGAUCUACAGCGGGUCCAGGGUCCACAGUUCCUGUUCCUAGAUCUUUGUGCAGCCUUCCUUGCUCAGCUCCGGGUCCUUUAACCUGACUGAGAAGCUCACGAGAAGACCACCCUUGUCCAUGGAUAUGGUCUUGCUUGCAAAGAAGAGCUUGUAUAUAACCUUUCUGUUUGGUUCCAUUUUCUCCAAUUUUAGUUUCACUCAGUUUUUAUUCGGUAAUAGCCUUUCAAGCCAUCCUUCUUGCUCAUCCGUUAGAACUUGAAAAGCCGGUGUUGCGUCAUGUAACAGGGCCUAAUGCUAAAAUGGAAUGAUGAUCAUGUAUUGCCGUAUCGAGUUUACUUGUUUAUCUAUUUUAUGUAGAAAAAGGUCCGAGUAUUGUGAUCUUGUACUACUUCAAGUACAAAGCAAGGUGAUCCCGGCAAAAUCUGAUGGAUGUGGGAUUCAUUUUUAUGGGUCAGCAGAAAGGAGCCUAAGGCUAUCCAUCAUUGAGAAUGUCCAGGAUAGCUUAGUUUUGGUACACUAUUGUUGAAGAUGGAAAUUUCAGUAGUGGUACACUAUUGUUGAAGAUGGAAAUUUCAGUAGUAAUAAUUUCUAACCUUCAAUUA